UCGUCAGUCGUCAGUUUUUCUUCAGUGGCUUCGCGCGUCCGCAAUUUUCAGUGUGUGGUGCGUUGUUGCUGCUGCCUACUCUUUUUCUUUCUGCUCUCCACGGCAGCGGGAAAGGAAAAUACAUACACAUGCAUACAGGGCCCCAUCACAAUCACAUACAGUAAAAAUAAAUUCAACUUUAUUGCUUUUCCCCCGUCGCGUUAUCGUGCGUGUGUGUGUGUGUUUCUCUGUAUUAUAUACAUAUAUAUAUUUUAUUAUAUACAUAUGUAUGGCUUGGAAAAGCAACACCAAAAUUUGAUAUGUGCAAAGUUUAUUGACGACUACGUGCUGCCUGUGAUUCUAUUUCGCAUAACUGCUGACACACAAAACAAAAGAACAUAAAGAAGAACCGAAGGCGAAAGCAGUUUUAUUUUGUUUAGCCACCCCACCCACACUUUUGUUGUACCCCUAAGUUUGGCCCAUUGUUAAUCAGCAAACGAGUGGCGAAAAAAACGCUAAUCAGGGAGAGAGCUCAACGUUCGGCCCCAAGGAAGUGGGCCCAAAUCCCCCCGGGAUCCCAUUCCGAAGGAAACCUAUCCAACACCAUCCCCCCAUAUCAUCCAGGACCCAAGAUACCAAAAUGGAUGACGAUCAGCAGUUUUGUUUGCGGUGGAACAACCACCAGAGCACACUGAUCAGCGUGUUCGACACGUUGCUGGAGAACGAGACUCUAGUCGAUUGCACGCUAGCCGCCGAGGGCAAAUUUCUCAAGGCCCACAAGGUGGUGCUGUCAGCAUGCAGUCCCUACUUUGCUACCUUACUACAAGAACAGUACGACAAGCAUCCCAUUUUCAUACUCAAGGAUGUCAAGUACCAAGAGCUGCGCGCCAUGAUGGACUACAUGUAUCGCGGCGAGGUCAACAUUUCGCAGGAUCAGCUGGCCGCCCUGCUCAAGGCCGCCGAAUCGCUGCAGAUCAAGGGUCUGUCGGACAAUCGCACUGGCGGCGGAGCAGCCCCCAAGCCAGAGUCCUCCGGACAGCAGCAGCAUCAUCGCGGCGGCAAGCUGAGCGGUGCCUACACACUGGAGCAGACGAAGCGGGCCCGCCUGGCCACCGGCGGUGCGAUGGACACGUCCGGCGAUGUGUCCGGUUCGCGUGAGGGCUCCUCGAGUCCGUCGCGUCGGCGUCGAAAAGUCAGACGUCGCAGCAUGGAGAAUGAUGCCCACGACAACUCCAACUCGUCCGUGUUACAAGCCGCCGCCUCGAAUCAGUCAAUCCUCCAGCAGACAGGCGCCGGUCUGGCCGUCUCCGCUUUGGUCAGCACCCAGUUGGCCAGCGGACCGGCAGCCGGAACCAGCAGCAGCCAAGCGUCGUCGACCCAGCAACAACAGCAGCCAUUGACCAGCACCAACGUUACCAAAAAGACUGAAAGCGCUAAACUAACAUCCUCGACAGCCGCCCCAGCGAGCGGAGCAUCUGCGUCAGCGGCCGCCGUACAACAGGCUCAUCUGCAGCAGCAGCACCAGCAGGCGCAGACCACAAGCGAUGCCAUCAACACCGAGAAUGUACAAGCCCAGAGCCAAGGUGGCGCCCAAGGCGUCCAGGGCGAUGACGAGGAUAUGGACGAGGGUAGUGCCGUUGGCGGAGCAAGCGCCGCCAGUGGACCCAAUCCCGCCUCCGCCUCUGCAUCUGCCGUCCAUGCCGGCGUUGUGGUCAAGCAGCUGGCCAGCGUUGUGGACAAAUCGUCGUCGAAUCACAAGCAGAAGAUCAAAGACAACAGCGUGUCAUCGGUGGGCUCCGAGAUGGUUAUUGAACCCAAGGCCGAAUACGAUGACGAUGCGCACGAUGAGAACGUUGAGGAUUUGACACUGGACGAGGAGGACAUGACAAUGGAGGAGCUGGACCAGACGGCCGGCACCAGCCAGGGUGGCGAAGGAUCUAGUCAAACAUAUGCAACAUGGCAGCACGACAGAUCUCAGGAUGAACUUGGAAUAUUGGGACAGGAUGCACAGCAACGGGAUCCUCAAGCUCCAAGCAGCUAUGCCUCCAACUCGAGCCAAACUCCGCCGCCCACUGGGGGCACUUCGGCCAGUUCGGCGCAAUCCCUGAUCCGCGACUACUGGUACGAGCUUAAGUUCUCCGAUCUGUUCAAGUUCAUCAAUCCGGAUGGACGUUACCAGUGCCCGAGAUUCAAUUGCCUGAAGAGCUACAAGGACGCCAGCUCGCUGCAACGACAUAUCAGAUAUGAAUGUGGUGGACAGAAAAAAUUUCGCUGUCUGAUGUGCGGCAAAGCAUUUUCACAAAGCUCCCACCUAAAACGACACCUUGAGAGCGGUGUCUGUGUCAAAUAUUACUUAUGAGAUAAUGUUUUCUUUAAAAUCAAAUAGAAUAAGCGUUAUCCCAAUAGGCAGAAGAUCAACUGAUCAACUGAUCUGAUCAAAGUGAAGAACAUGAACAUGAUUAUAUACACGUAUAUUACACAACACAGCAAACACAACAAACAAACAAACAAACAAGAAGAACAAAUGAUAUAUAGAACAAUUAGAUAAAACCAAGAACAAUUACAAAUAACAAACAAAACGAAUUUAUUGGAUGCCACAUCAUUUAUAAAGAAAAUGGAUUAAAAAAAAAAGAAAGAAAGAGAAAACCAACCAAUCUAUGUAUAUGUAGUAUAUAUGAUGAGAAUUAUUGUUGAAACUGAGCAUUAAUGAAACAAACGGAAUACUUAGUUAAAGUGCAAGUGAAAAACGUAAUAUUUAACAAGCUAGAACAACAAUAUAUACACAUACAUAUAUAUUAAAAAUGCAGUCAGUGAACAUUUUAUAGGAUUUUAGUAAAAUGUAAAACCAGAUUAACAAAAAAAAAACACCUAAGAAAACCAACAAAAAAAUAAGAAACUAAACUAAGGAAUAGAACAGAGAGGCAAAACAAACAAACAAACAAACAAGUGUUAAAGAAACAAAACAUAAAAAAUAAAUAUAAAAAACAAAACAGAAAACAUACACGCAAGGAAGCUAAGAGCAAAACAAUUUUAGUCAAACUAACCAAAACUACGUAAUUUUAGUUAAAAUAUAUAAAAAUAAUAUAGAAACUAAACCAAGCAAAACUUAGUGAAAUUAACAAAUGAGAGAAAUGCAUAUAUAACAAACGACAGAAGCAGAAAGAAAACAAACCGAAAUGCAUAUAACAAAACGUACUGUGUUUAUUUGUUGCCAAAUAUAUAUCUAUUAUAUAUAUAUUUCUAAUAUAUAAUAUAAUUAAUACGAUUCUUGUUAUGCCACACAACCACGAAAUUAACUAAACCUGAAAUGCGAGAGUGGAUGACAUCAAAAACAAUAAGAACAGAGCAAGAAAAUCAUCAAAAAAUAAGGAACUAUAUGGUUAUUGUUUAAGUUGUUAUUAUGCCAGGUACACACAGACACACCAACACACACAGAAUCUGCCUAUGUACAGUGAAACCUCUGUUGGAGGACUCACUGUAUGUAUCCAGUAGAUAGUACACUUGAAGUCUCAUAGAGUCAUCGCGAAUGUUUAGCAGAGGCAGAUGGAUAAAAAAAAGGGAUUGCAGGAAGAUUUGUUACAUGGUUCCAAGAACAAAAAUAGUAAAAAGAGUUUAUAUACAUAUAUACAAAACAUAUACAUAUGAGGAAACAACCACAUCUACAUAAAAAUAUACACAUAUAGAACUAUAUAUAUAAUGCUAUAUUAGCAAAAAUGUUGUCUGUUGAACCAAAAGGAUAUUAAGGAAAAGGAAAUUGUUAAAAAAAAAAGAAAGUCAGUAAAGAUGAUAUGAUGUUGGUUAAAAUAUACUCACAUCGCCAAAUAUAAUUGUAUAUGUAUGAGUGGGUGUGUGUGUGUGCGAGUGUGUGUGUGGCCUUGUGCGUGUGAGUGUGCCAAUCGGUUAAAAAGAUUUUGUACCAGAACAAAUAAAAAAAUAUGAAAAAACAAGAAAUAGAACAUUUUGUGCCAUUAGAAAUUCUCCACCAAAACUGAAAAUAAAAAAUUCAAUGCUUUAGAGAAGAGACGAAGCCAUAGAUGAGAUCGAACAAUAUACUCACAUAUAGAUAUAUAUAUAUGAUGUAAACCAAUAUGAUUUGUUGUUGCAUUCGAAGACGAUAAACGAUUCUGUUGACAAGUGUAAUUUAUAGUACAUUUUCGUUGUUAGUUCAAAGAUUGAUUUUAGUGAAAUUUUUGACGGCAAAAGUGACAACUAAAUGCUAUGAGAGUGCCAUUAUCAAACAAAUUUUUAAUAUAUACAUAUAUAUAUUAAAUGAUAAAUUAUUGAAAUUAUACGAGAAAAUAUAUAUAGUUAUAUAACCUAAGCAGGAGGCAACUAAACAUAAUUUCUAGUUAGGAACGCAGUUAGAAGGAAGUUGGAGGAGCGCAGGAUGAUAUAUAUUGUUUGUUGCUUGUUGAUUGUUAAUCUUUGGGUUGCAGAUAAUAAACCUACGCAUAUAUGCAAAAUACAUACAUGUAUAUGACAGUACAAUAAACAAAUAUUAUAUAAAAUACAGAAUACAGAAUACAGAAAACCAACAGCAAUAGAAUACUGUAUGAACUCGAAUGAACUAGACAAUUAUACACAGUAUAAAGGAAGAUAAAAAACGAAUGAAAAUCAAUUAUAGUGAAGUACUAAAACUGCGCUUUAAGACCGUAUUGACACUAAUCCAAAUCCCCAAAAACGACUGACUUGGCAUAUAUAAAAUUCAGCUAGUGAUAUAUGAAAAAUAAAAUUCGUUACUUUAGGCAACUAUCCGUUUUGAACCAAUUUGCAGCCUUUUCAGUCGACGGGAAUUUGAUUUUAGUGUCAAUCAUCGGUAUUAGCACAUGUUCACCUCCUCUCCCCCCGUAACUAACCAAAUACCAAAGGCAAAUUUUUGAUUGAUUUACUUCAAUUUGGUUACAAAAUUCUGCCACAAGUGCAAUGCUUCAAAAGUUUGUUGACAAUUUGUCUUGUGCGGCUAUUUGCCAAAGUCAAUUUUUGAAAUGAAUAGUCUAAAGAUGAUAUCCCCCCUCCAAAAAAAGAACACUACCAAGCGAACAAGACAAAUUGUGGGACUCUUUGAAGAAAAUAGGGAAAAUAUUACUUUCAAAUUAGUUGAAAUUUUAAUUGAGAAUUAUUCGCUUUACCCGUAUGAUUUAUGUUUUUGUUAAACUAAUUUACUAAGAACCUUGUUGCGCGUAGCUAAAUUAUUAUUAUUAUUUUUUGCUGUUAAAGUUUAGAGAUAAAGGGAAAAAGAAACAUGGAAUGUUUCGAAAUAACUUUUUUGUUAAAUCGUUUUUCUUUAAAUUAGUUGUAACACUGUUUUAAUAUUAUUACACAUACAAAUAUAUAUAUAUCGUUUCACAUUAAUUUAACCAAGAGAACUCUUUAUGUUUUAACUUUUGUUAUAUUGUUAAUUAAUAUUUAUCGACUAAGAGCAGAAAAUUGUUUGCGAAAAAAACAUGAAACAUGAAAAAAAAUUAGAGUUAACUAUGUAAGUUACAACAUAAUGAACAAAAUAUACUCCAAAGAAACCAACCAAAAAUAUAUAUAUAUACACACAUAUAUACAAGGACAUAUACAUAUACCAAUAUAUAUAUAUUUUAGACGAAAAACUGAACAAAGUAAAAAAACAGCAACCAGACAAGAAAAAGUUUUAGUAAAAGUGUAUUUGGAACAAAGAAAUUGCCAUAACAGUCUAAAAGGAUUAACGGAUAUAUAUAUUAUAUAUAUAUACAUUAUAUAUAUAAUCAAACCAAAAACAAUAAUUACCAGAACAACAAGAACAACCAAGAACAACAAGCCGUAAGGAAAGUUUAAUUGUAACGAAAGUUGUUUAUUUUUUGUAGCGUAAUAUUUAACAACAAUGAAACCGAGUAAAUUGAUAAAUGAUAUAUACAUAUAUUUAUUGUUAACGAAACCACGGAAAAGGCGAAAUUAUGAAACAAAUUUAUACAAGAAUAAUAAAUGAAAAAUAAACAAAGAAAAAGCAAGAAAAACUUUCAUUGACGAAGAAGCUGAUAUUGUUAGUACCUUAAAAAUGAAAUGAAAUAAAAUAAAAACCAAUUAAUAAUUAUUAAUAAUUGUAAUAACAAGCGGUAGGAUUAAACAAUGAACAAACAAAAAAAAAAAAACAAAAAC